CUUUUCAUUCUCUUUCGCGUUUUCUUUAGGUGGUGGGGGAAGUGAGAUUUUGGUCUGAUUUACUCGACGAAUCGUCUUCGAUUUCGUUUUUAAGAUUAUUGAAUGGUUUUGACUCUUUAGUUCUCCUUCCUGUGAUUGCAAUGAUGUCCUCCUAAUUUCGUGAUUCAGCUAGAUUUUAGCUGCCUGACGUCCUCUUUAAAGAAUGAGUUGGGUUUUAUUUGGAAAGAUUUUCAAUUUCGCUUUCCAAUUUUGCAAAUUUGGAGAUGGAUUUGAUCCGUUGUAGGUCAAUCCCACUGUUCUGUGUGCUGUAAUUGUAAAUGAGACCAUGCAAAGGAGUCUCUUUUUGUUUCUUAAAGAUAUACAGGGCGUCAAGGAGCAGCUGAGUAUAUGCUACGAGUGCUACAUUGCGGAGGCUGUUCUUUCAGAUGAUCGGCAGUAACUAUAUUAUGCUUGAACGGUGCCAUAAUGGGCAUCUGUCUGAUGAAGCGCUGCUGCUCAUGGCUUCUAUUGAUCUCACUGCUUUGUGCCCUAACGAAUGAAAAUGAAGCAAUUAGUCCUGAUGGUGAGGCGCUUUUGAGUUUUAGAAAUGGAGUUGCGGAUUCUGAUGGUGUUAUUGGCCAGUGGAGACCAGAGGAUCCUGAUCCAUGUAACUGGAAGGGAGUGACCUGUGACGCAAUAACAAAAAGAGUUAUAGCCUUGAGUCUUACUCAUCAUAAAUUAAGGGGAACUUUACCCCCUGAGCUUGGAAAGCUGGACCAGUUAAGGCUUUUAAUUCUUCACAACAAUUUUAUAUAUGACCCAAUACCUGCCGCAUUGGGCAAUUGCACAGCACUAGAGGGAAUAUACUUGCAGAAUAAUUACAUCGGUGGAACAAUCCCAAGUGAAAUAGGAAACCUGUCCGCGCUGAAAAACCUGGACAUCUCAAGCAACUUUAUCAAGGGAGCUAUCCCUGCGUCACUUGGGCAGUUGAAAAAGCUUACUAAAUUCAAUGUCUCAAACAAUUUACUGGUGGGACAAAUACCUUCCGAUGGCCUACUCGCUCGAUUAUCGAGGGACUCCUUCAACGGAAAUCUUAAAUUGUGUGGAAAACAAAUCGAUGUUGUAUGCAAUGACACUGGAAAUUCUACAGUUUCUGGGUCUCCAACAGGCCAAGGAGGCAAUAACCCUAAAAGGCUUCUUAUAAGUGCUUCAGCAACUGUGGGUGGGCUGCUACUAGUGGCGCUCAUGUGUUUCUGGGGAUGCUUUCUCUAUAAAAAGCUUGGUAGAGUUGAGAGUAAAAGCCUUGCGAUAGAUGUAGGUGGAGGUGCGUCUAUAGUGAUGUUCCAUGGAGAUUUGCCCUACGCUUCCAAAGACAUUAUCAAGAGACUGGAAACUCUUAAUGAAGAGCACAUAAUAGGCUGUGGAGGCUUUGGAACAGUGUACAAGCUGUCGAUGGAUGAUGGCAAUGUUUUUGCGCUGAAAAGAAUUGUAAAGUUAAAUGAAGGUUUUGAUCGGUUUUUUGAAAGAGAGCUUGAGAUUCUUGGGAGCAUCAAACACCGUUACCUUGUUAAUCUACGAGGAUACUGCAAUUCACCCACAUCAAAGCUUCUGCUAUAUGAUUACCUUCCUGGUGGAAGCCUUGAUGAAGCUCUACAUAAGAGAGGCGAACAACUGGAUUGGGAUUCGCGAGUAAAUAUCAUAAUAGGAGCAGCAAAAGGGUUAUCAUACUUGCAUCAUGAUUGUUCUCCGAGGAUUAUACACCGUGAUAUAAAAUCGAGCAACAUUUUACUCGAUGGAAAUCUAGAGGCUCGUGUUUCAGACUUUGGGCUUGCCAAGUUGCUAGAGGACGAAGAAUCUCAUAUUACAACCAUUGUUGCAGGCACAUUCGGUUACUUGGCUCCAGAAUAUAUGCAAAGCGGUAGAGCGACUGAGAAAACAGAUGUUUACAGUUUCGGGGUUUUGGUUCUUGAAGUCUUGAGUGGUAAACUUCCCACGGAUGCCUCCUUCAUCGAGAAAGGCUUUAACAUUGUUGGUUGGCUAAACUUCUUAAUCAGCGAAAACCGGGCAAAGGAGAUUGUUGAUCUAAGCUGUGAAGGAGUGGAGAGAGAGAGUCUUGAUGCUCUUCUGUCAAUAGCAACGCAGUGUGUGUCUUCAAGUCCAGAUGAGCGGCCAACAAUGCACAGAGUCGUCCAGUUACUUGAAUCCGAAGUCAUGACUCCUUGCCCCAGUGACUUCUACGAUUCCAGCUCUGAUUGAUCUUACAUUCACUGUCUGUGUGCCAUCUUUUUCCGAUUUCAGUUCUACACGACAAAGCUCGAGCCAUUCAUCUUCGGUAUCUCUUUUUUCUUUUUGUAUUUUUUGGUUUGAAUUGUUAGAAUGUUUUCGAGAUUGGUGAAACCCCAUAUGAUCUGAACAUGAAAUUAAAAUGUAUAUGAGCAUCCACUGUAGAAACACAACUGGUCUAUGAAUCUCAAUAAUUUCUCUAUUAUAAGUCAGUAUCCAUGUUGUA